CUGGUGAGCGCCGAUUGGGCGCCGCAGCCUGGGGGCGGGCGGGCCGGCCGAACUGGGCCAACCGUGGUUCGGGCUCGGCUCGGCCGGGAGCGAGCAACGUGAGUCCAGGCGGAACGAGGACAUGGCAGCUGUGAGACCCGGCCUGGGCCGAAUCCAUCCAGGAUCCACAAUCCUCUUCCUGUGUGACAUGCAGGAGAAAUUCCGCGGUGUCGCCUACUUCCCCCAAAUUGUCUCUGUGGCUGCCCGCAUGCUCAAGGUGGCACGGCUGCUGGAGGUGCCUGCGGUGCUGACGGAGCAGUACCCACAGGGCCUGGGCCCUACGGUCCCCGAGCUCGGGGCAGAGGGCCUGAAGGCUGUGCCCAAGACCUGCUUCAGUAUGGUGCCCGCAGUGAGGCAGGAGCUGGACUCCCGGCCCCAGCUGCGCUCAGUCAUCCUUUGCGGCAUUGAAGCACAGGCUUGCAUCCUGAACACCGCCCUGGACCUCCUGGAGAGGGAGCUGCAGGUGCAUGUGGUGGUGGACGCCUGUUCCUCGCGCAGCCAGGUGGACCGGCUGGUGGCCAUGUCCCGGAUGCGCCAGAGCGGGGUCUUCCUCUCUACCAGCGAGGGGCUCAUCCUGCAGCUCGUGGGGGAUUCCUCCCACCCCCACUUCAAGGAGAUCCAGAAGCUGAUCAAGGAGCCCAGCCCCGACAGCGGACUGCUGGGCCUCUUCCAGCAUGAGAACCCCCUCUUCCGCUGAACAGCUGAGGGCCUGCCUGCAAGGCGGAGGCGCCCCUGGACCCCGGCACUCCCCCAUCCACGGAUCCCCAGAGUGGUGCAGUCCGCCGGGAGUGCCGCCCCUCGGGAGGGGGGUGGAGCUCCGCCUUCCCAUUGGGCCGUGUCUCCCGGAAAUGCAAAUAAGAUUCUUGGAAGCUGGAUGGCGGUUGGCUGCGCGUGCGGGGGGCAGGGCUGAGCUCCGGGUCGCCACACGCGGCGGGGA